AUGAGAUCAGCGGUCCGAACGGCGAAGAGAAAUGCGAAUCAAAAGAUUUGCAGUGGAACUCCGCCGAAGAAAUCAACGCCUGAAAAAAGAACUCCGAAGAAACGAUCGACUGCUCCAAAACAGAGUACCGCUCGGAAACUUGUGAUAUCUGACAAUGAACCUGAAGAUUUUGACAAUUUUGAAGAUGAAACUGCUGCAAUUGCCUGUUCCGCUCUCGAAGCAUACUUCAUGCAAGGGAAAACAGCUUCUGAACGAAUGAAUCGAUCGAGAAAUAAGAGGCGAAACAACCCAUCGAUUGACGAUGUUGAAGACUCGGAUUCUGAUAGAGAAAACUUGUGUGGAGCGAUGUUCAAGUGCAAUCUGGGUAAACUGAAAGACUACAUUAUUAAGAAAAACGAAUCGGAUGAAAUGGAAACAUUUGUGGAGAAUCUCGAUGUUAAAGAAAUGGCUAAAUGGACACUUUAUCUCGCUGCUGGCUUCAACAUUUUGCUCCACGGAAUUGGCUCGAAACGAGAUGUUAUCGAUCGAUUCGUUGCAAGUGAACUCAAGAAAUUCACGUAUAUGCGAAUAAAUGCGAGAAUGGAAGACGUGACUCCGAAAUCGGUGCUAAGUGCAAUAAAUCACAAAAUGGGAUUGAAUUGCACGAGUCGAGGAUUGACAUUAGUCGAAUGGGCGAAGGAAAUUCGCAACCGCAUCGCCAAAUCGAAUCAACAACUCAUUUUAGUAAUCGACAAUAUUGAAGCGCAGGAUUGGAGAAAUGAUCAGGAUAUGAUUUGUGCACUUGUUGAGGAUAGAAGUGUUAUUAAAUUAGUUGCAACGGUCGACCAUGUGUAUUCGACGUUUAUUUGGAAUUCGAGGCAAUUAUCUCUAUUGAACUUGAUUCAUGUGACUGUGAAUACAAUGCAAAUGCCCCUACAUGAGCUCAUUACUGGAGAAUCGCGUCUUUUGGGCCUUGAUGCUCGAUCGAAUCAUUCUUCGCACACAACAGCAUCACUUGAUGCAUUCUGGAAAUCACUUGCUUCAAAUCAUCAGAAACUGCUUCAAUUGUUUUAUUCGAUCUACUUCAAAACGAAGAAACCAGUCAGCUUUUGGGAUUUGUUCGAUGCUGCCAAAAAAGAGUUCAUCGCUUCAACUGAUACAGUUUUGAGAACCCAGUUGGUAGAAUUUAAAGACCAUCGAAUUAUCAGCUGGACACGAAGCGAUGACGGAAACGACCAGGUGUCUGGAACUGUCGACGAAACUUUAAUGACUAAAUUUUUGGCUUCUAAAGGAAUGCCAAUUGAACAAAAUACUGAUUAA